CAUCAUGUCCGACCAGAAUCAGAACGAGCAGAAGGGCUUCUUCGGCACCGCAGCGGGCGGUCUAGGAAACACCCUCGGCUCCGCAACCGACACCGUGGGAAAGGGCGUCUCGGGCGUGACCAACACCACCGGCAACGCGGUCUCUGGCCUGGGCAAGGGCGUUGGGGAUACCUUGACGGGGGUUACUGGCGGGUUGGGCGAUACCACGAAGGCGGCUGGCAACACUGUCAGCGAUACGACGAAGAAGGGUGGCGAGGCGGUUGGCAUGAAGAAGAAUGAGCCGGGAAACCAGCAGUAGAUCUGCUGCACGGUAUUUGGGGAGAGAAAGGGAUGAGAUGUUUUGGGACGUGGCAAGGCUGCGAGUGACACCAUGGAUUCGCCAUGGAUGUGAAUGGGUAAUGCUUAUGAGCAUGAAGACAGUGCUAUUCGAGGCAGCAAAAAAUGAAAUAAAUUGAGACCCACGAACCGUACUAAUUUGCGUGGCGACGUAAAGAGAUAG